GAAGGAGCUCUGUGUGUCUGCUUCCUCCUCUGCCUUGUACACAAGGCUGCUGGAGAGUUCCGGGGAUCAGACACUCAGAACAAGGGGACAUCUCAACCAUUACCCGAUCUGCUGUAACAGCACACAUUGGGCAGGAGUCAAGGAGCCCAGAAGGUGCCAGGCAUGGUAGCUGUGUUCACCCCCAGCUUUCAGCCUCUGCCCUGACACUUUGCUGGCUGAGCAGGUAUUGUUGUUGUUUUGGUAGGACCAUCCUCCAGGAAGGGAGAGUUAAAUAAAGAGAGAGAGAGAGAGAUGGAAAACUGACAUGAAGAUCAAAAAACAAAUGCAGUUGUAGAAGAAAUAGAACAGGAGCUGGAUGAUACAGGGUCAGACUGGGAGAUAGACAGGGAGAAAGGCAAGUCAUCAGGAAUUCUAUAAGGCAAGAUACAAAGAAAAAAAGGUGACUGACUAUUGAACGCACUUUAGGGCAGUCAUGGCAGAAAAUCAAAAAGACAAAAAAAGUUGCCAUGACUCCAAGGAAAUGCAAGGCAAUGGUGGCCCCCACGACCUCGAAUUGGGUUCGCGGGGGCGGGUCUUGGAGAUAAAACACAUCCAUCAAGAGGUGUGCUGCCCCUCAGACAAUGAGAAUCAUAACUCUCCUCCUGCCUCACCUUUGCCCCCGCCCAUAUUUCUAUAUCCAGGAGCAAGAAAGCUAAAGCAGCCAUCCAAAUCGCCUCCCUCCAGUUCUUUUGGGGAGACAGCAGCACAUUCUUUGCAGGGCUGCACCCCUCCAUCCUCUAUACAGAAUGCUUCACAGAUUGGCUUCCCUGAUCCGCCCUCACCUACAUCAGGUGGACUCUCGCCCUCUUCUUCUUUGCAGCUCAUGAUGAUGAUGAUGAGUUACUCUGGCGCAGGAGGUGUAGGCAGCAACGGCAGUGACAAAGUCCCAAAAAAUCCAAAUUAUCUAAUGGCCAACGAACGAAUGAAUCUCAUGAACAUGGCAAAGCUGAGUAUUAAGGGCUUGAUUGAGUCUGCUCUGAAUCUGGGCCGGACUCUCGAUUCUGACUAUGCACCUCUACAGCAGUUUUUUGUGGUGAUGGAGCACUGCCUGAAGCAUGGACUAAAAGCAAAGAAGACUUUCCUUGGGCAGAAUAAGUCAUUCUGGGGCCCUCUGGAAUUGGUGGAGAAGCUCGUACCCGAAGCCUCAGAGAUAACAGCUAGUGUGAAAGACUUGCCUGGGCUCAAGACACCAGUGGGUAGAGGCCGGGCUUGGCUCCGUCUAGCACUAAUGCAGAAGAAGCUUUCAGAAUACAUGAAAGCCCUGAUUAACCGAAAAGACUUACUCAGUGAAUUUUAUGAACCAAAUGCACUAAUGAUGGAGGAGGAAGGUGCAAUUAUUUCUGGACUACUGGUUGGGCUCAAUGUGAUUGAUGCGAAUUUCUGUAUGAAAGGGGAGGACCUGGACUCACAGGUUGGAGUAAUUGAUUUUUCAAUGUAUCUUAAAGAGGGUCCUAUAGCCAAGUGCAAUGAAGGGGAUGGCCAGAUAACUGCUAUUCUUGAUCAGAAAAAUUACGUAGAGGAGCUCAACAGACAGUUAAGUGCCACUGUGAACAACCUUCAGGCUAAAGUGGAUGCACUAGAGAAAUCAAACACUAAACUCACUGAAGAGCUUGCAGUUGCAAACAACAGGAUUAUAACAAUGCAAGAGGAAAUGGAAAGGAUGAAAGAUUCAUACUACAUGGAAGCUAAUAAGGCUAACAAGCAAGAGCGGUCUGCAGAGGUACAAGCACUCAGCGAGGCAAGGAAACAUUUAAAGGAAGAAACACAGUUACGGCUGGACAUUGAGAAAGAACUCGAGGUACAGAUCGGACUGAGACAAGAGAUGGAGAUGGCCAUGAAGAUGUUGGAUAAGGAUGUUUGUGAUAAGCAAGAUGCACUAGCUGCUCUCAGACAACAGCUUGAUGAUCUCAGAGCCUUAAAGCAUGAACUGUCAUUUAAACUGCAGAGCUCAGACCUCGCAGCAAAACAGAAGAGUGAAUUAAACAGCCGCUUGGAGGAGAAAACUAAUCAGAUGGCUGCUACUAUUAAACUGCUGGAGCAGAGAUUACGAGUGGCAGAGAGGGACCGUCAAUCUGCUGAAGAAGCCAACCGGCUUUUCAAGCAAGAGUUUGGAGACAAGAUCGAGAGUCUGCAGUUGGAAGUGGAUCAGCUCCGGAAGCAGCGUUGUCAUUAUGAGAUGGAAUUGAAGAAGGAGAGAAACCGACGAUCUUCUGGUCAUCGUAAACUAUUCUCUGACAGUAAAAAUGUGGCAAAUCCGCAUUCUCCUGUAAAAAGCCCAGUGAAAAUGGUCGUGGAGCCUCAAGUCGUGGAACCAAAUGUGAGACCCCAGAAUGCAGUGCAUGAUAAAAGCGAUUGUCAGCCGAACAAUUCACCAUCAUUGUCGAUCAAAUCAGAGGAUGAGGAUACAGAUUUGGAGAGGCAGAUUGGUCAGAUGUGUCUAUUGUGUAAAGAAGAAUCCAGCAUUGUGCUUACAAAGAUUGAGUGCAAUCAUUGUGGGGGAGUUUAUUGUUCUGCAUGUUCUGCUAAUGAACUGCCGCUUCCUUCAUCCAUCAAUCCCGUUCAAGUGUGUAAUUCAUGUCACAAAACCUUAAUGGCACAAUAUUCCAACAGCCCGUCUUGAGAAGUGGACACUUCAACCUUGUUGCAUACUAUAUACUUUGAUAUAGAAGUCAACACAAAUGUGAAGCAUCCAGUAAUGUGAUCUGGGAGGUCAUACAAGGCAUUCAGCCUUUCUACAUGAAAACGGCAUGGACAGUAGAAAUAAGAUGUAUAAAUGUAAUAUAUAGGAAUAGUCACACUUGUCUGAAAUGUUUAAAAAAAACAAAAACACUGUUAUAUGAAAAGAAACCUUAAUAUAGACUUGACAUAUUUAAAAAAUAGGUUGUCUUAUUGAAAGCAACAUUAACAUUUCAGACACUCCUCAAUCACCAACACCACAGGUAGGCAACCUUCGGUACUCCAGAAGUUGUGGACUACAUAUACCUUGAUGCUUUUCUAGCAUUAUGGCUGUAGGAGCAUUAUGGGAGAUGUAGCCCACAACAUUUGGAGUUCCGGAGGUUGCCUACCCUUGAAUUUACACGGUUAGUCAUUAAAAACCAAAAAUAAUGUUCUGAUAUUUUUCUUUCU